AUGGAAACAAGCGGAUUUAGUGAUACCCAAUUGCAAGUAAGAGAAGCAAUUGGGAAAAUAUGCUCAAAUUUCCCAGAUGAAUAUUGGGCCGAACGCGACGAAUCUGGGAAGUAUCCUCAUGAGCUGCAUGCAGCUCUGGCAAAAGACGGAUGGAUUGGAAUUGCUCUACCCGAGGAUUUGGGCGGUUCUGGGCUAGGGAUUUCAGAGGCUACGAUGAUGUUACAUACGAUUUCAGAGAGCGGUGCUGGAAUGGCAGGAGCUCAAUCAAUUCAUGCAAAUGUCUAUGCUACCCAACCAGUUGCAAAAUUCGCCACACCCGAGCAGCGGCAAAAGAUGCUACCAAAACUUAUUGAUGGAUCCGUGAGAGUCUGUUUUGGUGUUACAGAGCCAAACACUGGUCUUGAAACUUUAAAGCUCACCACUCGGGCAGUACGUGACGGUGACACCUACAAGAUAUCCGGCCAGAAAAUAUGGAUCUCCUCGGCUCAAAUUGCAAAGAAGAUGGUACUUCUCGCACGAACAACACCCCUGGAGGAUGUCAAGAAGCCAUCUGAGGGCCUGUCUCUCUUCUUCAUCGAUUUUGAUCGAGACCAGCCUGGGCUAGAGCUCAAGAAGAUCAAGAAGAUGGGUGGAAGGGCAGUUGACGCAAAUGAAGUAUUUUUCGAUAAUUACACUAUCCCUGCUGAUACCUUGAUCGGAAAAGAAGGCCAAGGGUUCAAGAUCGUUCUCCAUGGGAUGAACGCUGAAAGAUGUCUCCUUGCAGGCGAAGCACUUGGACUUGGUUAUGCAGCUUUGCACAAGGCUGCAACUUAUGCUAAGGAUCGGGUCGUAUUCGGGCGUCCCAUAGGUAUGAACCAAGGGAUCCAACAUCCUCUAGCCGAUGCCUACAUGCAUCUUGAAGCUGCGAAGCUGGCAACAUAUCAUGCUGCAAGGUUAUAUGAUAAAUCGAGUGUGGAUGAGACAAUUACUCCGGCAUCAGUUGGCGUGGCUUGCAAUAGUGCGAAGUACUUGGCAGCCGAAGCUGCUUUCAAGGCUUGUGAACGAAGCGUGUUGACUUUGGGAGGGAUGGGAUAUGCUCAGGAAUUUCAUGUAGAGAGAUAUUUGAGGGAGUGUUUCGUACCUCGCAUUGCGCCAGUUUCACGAGAGAUGAUUAUGAAUUACGUGGGAGAGAAGGUGCUGGGGUUACCAAGAAGCUACUGA